AGCCGAUGUUUUCACAGCAGAUCUUAAUUAAUUUCACAGAAGCCAAGUGAUGAUAGUUGACCAUAGCAAGCAUAUGCUUCUGUACUUUUGUGUUCUCCGAACAAACGUUUCACUAAAAAUUGGCCAUUUUACAACCCUUGUAGAAACUGCAGCUUCAACAACAAAGAAGUAACCAUCACUCCGAUACCAUGCUGGACUUCUUCAACUCCAACAGCAAAGAGAAGUGAACAUAUAUACAUCCAUUGGUACAGGGACAACAUAAAUUGCUUCGUUCAGCUGUCAACAAAUACAGACCAUUCCGUGAGGUUAUAAAUACAAAAUUUAUACAAAGCUUAGGUUACGGUUGAUUUCUUUGGCAUUUGGAAGAUAAAUUGCAUUGACUAAAAAUCAUAUAAAUGGACGGAUCUCCUUUUUCAAUUGAAAAUAUUUUGAAACCACCAACGUCAGAAAGUCCAGAGGAUGCUCCAUCAAGUUCGAGAACAAGUGAAGCACUGACAUUAGCAGAAAAGCUUGCAGAUAUUAUUUUGGAAGCUCGAUAUGGAAACGGCGAACGGAAACAUCGACGGACAAGAACUGCUUUUACACAUCAUCAGUUAGCAGCUUUAGAAAGCGCUUUUUCUAAAACGCAUUAUCCUGAUGUUUUGAUGAGGGAGCAACUUGCCGCCUUUACUAAUCUGCCAGAGUCAAGAAUUCAGGUUUGGUUUAAGAACAGGAGAGCAAAAUACAGGAAAAUGGAAAGGAAUGGCGAACUUUCCUCAGAGAGUGUUACUGGGAAUUCAACAACAAAUCCUGAAAGUUCAUCUUACAUGCAACUUCAAACAAAUCACCCGUCAUUUAACACAUUUAGGAAUAUACAUUCUGUAUACCCUCAGCAUUUCCCAAGAUUGCCUUAUUUCUAUCCAAUGCUGUCCAUGACAAACAAUCAAGAUUUUUCUUGGCACUCACAACCAGGGUCAUGUACAAACAGUGUUUGGAAUAACGGUAAUUUCUGUAAUGAUUGUACGGUACCAAGAAUGACGUAUUGUACAACUCAAAACACAGGAACAUUUUAUACACCAAAGUCGCUUGGAGACUGAACAACAACUUAGUUCAUAUAUUGUAUUAUUAUAUUUCUGUAUAUCUAUUUAUGUUGAUCUAACUUAUUCGUAGUUUUUUAGUUAUAGGUUCGCAUAUCCAUAUAAAAAUCGAUUUUUUUACCGUGAGUGAACACCUAAAAACAUUUAUACAGAGAAAGACCAAACUUGACGACCAUAUGUCACUAGAGCUUGUUUAAGCAAUUUACGACAACUAGACUAUCUUAACAAUGCGCUCAGUAAAAUUCUAAUUUGUAUGGUAUAAGUAAUUUGAAUUUGAUUGAUAUUUCUUUAA